CUAGCGUGCACAUAAAUGGUAUUCUUUGAGAGAGAAUAAAAGGAGGCAAAGAAAGAUGACAGUCUACGAAGAUGGCGACGGUGAAACCAAGUCUCAUUCCAAGAUCCAUGUCAAUGAUGAUGAAGUGGACGACAACCCAAUUGAGCAAGUUAGGCUAACAGUUCCAAUCACAGAUGACCCAUCAGAGCCAACCAUAACAUUUCGAACAUGGGUGCUUGGCCUAUUAUCAUGCACCACUCUUGCUUUUAUCAACCAGUUUUUUGGGUACCGCCAAAAUCAGCUCUUCGUUUCCUCAGUGUCUGCCCAAAUUGUGGUCCUCCCUCUUGGCAAGUUGAUGGCUGCGGUCCUUCCAACAACACAAUUUUCAGUCCCCUUCACAAAAUGGUCUUUCUCAUUCAAUCCGGGGCCUUUCAGUAUGAAGGAGCACGUUUUGAUCACCAUAUUUGCAAACUCUGGAUCCAACAGUGUUUAUGCAGUUAACAUCAUCACAAUUGUCAAGGCUUACUACCACAGAAGUAUUCAUGUUAUGGCAGCCUUCUUGUUAGCUCACACCACUCAGAUGCUUGGAUAUGGAUGGGCUGGAUUAUUCAGAAGAUACCUUGUUGACUCCCCUUACAUGUGGUGGCCCAGUAAUUUGGUUCAAGUCUCUCUAUUCAGGGCAUUGCAUGAGAAGGAAAAGAGACCCAGAGGAGGCCGUACAAAGAUGCAGUUCUUCAUCAUUAUUUUCACAAGCAGCUUUGCUUACUACAUUAUCCCAAGUUUCUUCUUCCCCUCCAUAACAGCUCUCUCCUUAGUCUGCUGGAUUUGGAAGGACUCAAUCACAGCCCAGCAGAUUGGUUCAGGGCUCAAGGGCCUUGGAAUUGGCUCUUUUGCCAUUGAUUGGUCCACCAUUGCUUCCUUCUUGGGCAGCCCCUUGGCCUAUCCAGAUGUUGCAGUCAUUAACAUGUUGAUUGGCUUUACUGUGAUCUUUUACAUUGUUACCCCCAUCAUCUAUUGGACCAAUACAUAUGAUGCUAAGAGGUUCCCACUAUUUUCCUCUCACACUUUUGACCAUGAUGGCCAAACCUACAACGUCAGUCGAGUUUUGGAUGAGAAAACUUUCGAUAUGAAUUUGAAGGAGUAUAGCGGUUAUAGUAAACUCUAUCUCAGUGCCUACUUUGCCUAUGGCUAUGGAUGGGGCUUUGCCACUCUCACAGCUACUAUUUCACAUGUUGCACUCUUUUAUGGAAAAGAAAUAUGGCAACUGUGGAAGAAGACGACUGGUGCAAUGAAGAAUCAGCUUGGAGACAUCCACAUGAGAAUAAUGAAGAGGAACUAUGAAUCAGUCCCUGAAUGGUGGUUCCAAACCAUCCUUGUUUUGAUGGUUGCUCUUGCCAUCUUUACUUGUGAAGGUUUCGGCAAACAGCUCCAACUUCCAUGGUGGGGAGUUUUACUAGCUUGUGCCAUUGCACUAUCUUUCCCCUUACCCAUCGGGGUUAUUGCUGCCACAACAAACACGCAACCAGGCCUCAACAUAAUUACAGAGCUAAUUAUCGGGUAUAUGUACCCAGGGAAGCCUCUUGCUAAUGUGGCUUUCAAGACCUAUGGAUAUAUCAGCAUGUCACAAGCACUCAUGUUUCUUGGUGACUUUAAAUUAGGUCACUAUAUGAAGAUCCCUCCUAAGGACAUGUUUUUUGUGCAGGUAAUUAUCAAGAAAACUCCAUUUGUCACUCCAAUUCAAGCCAAGACAAUUUAUGAGAAUAGUUCAUGCCGAGACAAUCUUCCAUAA